CGGCGGUGGGGUCGAGACCGCGGGGCGGUUGAGCGGCGGCGGCGCCGGCGGGGCCCGGCGGAGAGCGAAAUCUGCUCUGGUUUGGAUCAUUGAGUCACGUAAAGAGAUCCACAUGCUUCAGCCCAUCUGUUCGUUCAGCCAGCGGUCACGGAACUUCUGUUCUGCACCAGGCCUCGCGCAUCUGGACUGAGGCAUGAGCCCCCGGCCGCGAGGUGGGGCCCGGUAGCACGCCACGGGACGGGAGCGUCACCCACACGUGGUUUGGCCCUGCGGUGCCUGGAGCAGCCAUGAUGAAACUGCUGGUGGCCAAAAUCCUUUGCAUGGUGGGCAUGUUCUUCUUCAUGCUUCUGGGCGCCCUGCUCCCCGUGAAGAUCAUCGAGACGGACUUUGAGAAGGCCCAUCGCUCGAAAAAGAUCCUCUCGCUCUGCAACACCUUUGGAGGCGGGGUCUUCCUGGCCACGUGCUUCAAUGCUUUACUGCCCGCCGUGAGGGACAAGCUCCAGAAAGUUCUGAGUCUCGGGCACAUCAGCACGGACUACCCGCUGGCCGAGACCAUCGUCAUGCUGGGCUUCUUCCUGACGGUCUUCCUCGAGCAGCUCAUCCUGACCUUCCGCAAGGAGAAGCCGUCCUUCAUCGACCUGGAGACCUUCAACGCCGGCUCGGACGCCGGCAGCGACUCGGAGUACGAGAGCCCCUUCAUGGGGGGCGCGCGGGGCCGCACGCUCUACGGGGAGCCCCAGGCCCACAGCCACGGGCUGAGCGUCCAGGAGCUGUCGCGCUCCAGCCCGCUGCGCCUCCUCAGCCUGGUCUUCGCCCUGGCGGCCCACUCCGUCUUCGAGGGCCUGGCCCUGGGCCUGCAGGAGGACGGCGAGAAGGUGGUCAGCCUGUUUGUGGGCGUGGCCAUCCACGAGACGCUGGUGGCCGUGGCCCUGGGCAUCAGCAUGGCCCGGAGCUCCAUGUCCCUGCGGGACGCGGCCAAGCUGGCUGUCACCGUGAGUGCCAUGAUCCCCCUGGGCAUCGGCGUCGGCCUGGGCAUCGAGAGCGCGCAGGGCGUGGCCAGCAGCGUGGCCUCGGUGCUGCUGCAGGGCCUGGCGGGCGGCACGUUCCUCUUUGUCACCUUCUUCGAGAUCCUGGGGAAGGAGCUGGAGGAGAAGAGUGACCGUCUGCUCAAGGUCCUCUUCCUGGUGCUCGGUUACACCGUGCUGGCUGGCAUGGUUUUCCUCAAGUGGUGAGCGGCCCAUCGCCGUCGUGGUCGCCCCCGCCCGGCGGGAGCUCGCCAGGAGCCCCGGACACAGGCCCGGUCCCCCAGCCUCGCGUUCCCUCGAGGCGGGGGUUCAGGCCCCGGGCGCCGCCUGAGCACAAAGGGGCCCCCCACGACCGGGCCGCGCCCCACAUCCUACAGCCCGAGCCUCGGGGGACUGUUACUGCUUUGAAAAAUACUGCUCUUAAAAGUAUUCACCGAAGCUGUGUGGCCACGUCAACCUCGGGCGUGGGGAUCUGGCGACUCUCACGGGCGGCGGGGCCGGGCGUCCGGAUGGGGUUAGGCCGAGGCCCUCCCCUCCCCCGCACAGCCCCAGCUGAGGACGAGGCCUCUGUUGUCUGCCCCCUGGCUCCAUGGCCGACCCCCCAGCCUCCCCUCCGAGCCCUGAGGAAGGUGCUGUAUGUGGCAGCCGGCUUUAUUAGAGGUUCUAGUCACUAUUACCCGACGCCCCGGACAGUUUCUAGAAGGAGCCACCAGCGUGGAGCCUCGGUGCCACAGUUAGACGGGGCGGCUCUGUAGCUCCUGCCUCCUGAGGCAGUGCCUCCUGGGG